AUGUCUCGUAGUGAUUGGCGCUAUCAAGUGACACUGAAAACGAAAGCAAUCUGGGAUGGUCGCACCUCCGUUUUCAUUGACGCUGCUGAAUGUGGUAACGAAAGUCGGUUUAUCAACCCCUCAUGUACCCCGAACUGCGAACUGCACGAAUGGGAGUGGGCCAACGGAGCGCGGCUGGGUAUUUUUGCUGCUGCUGACAUUCCAUCUCUACAGGAGCUGUCGUUCCGGUAUCGCGAAAAGAAUUUGACGCUUUUCACUUGCCAAUGCGGGCAACCAAACUGCGUGUCGAAGAAGUCGUAA